AUCGAAAUCCUGGCUUUGAACCAAUUUUUUUUUUUUUUUUCCUGUGAAACCCUGGGCAAGUCCCUUAGUUUCUCUUAAGACUGAGUUCCUCUUCCACAAAACGGGCAUAGAAAUAUAUGCACAUCAUGUGGCUUUGUGAGAGUUAGAUAAGAAAAAGCAUUAGUGCAGGGCCUAGCUCACGAGAGACUGAACAAAUGUCAGUUCUAACUAUAAUCGUGAAUUUUGCAAGGAGACCUUAAAGAGAUGUUAUGUGUUUGUUUCUCCCCAUGUACUCAAGUUUCAUUUCAUUUGCUCCUGUCCAUCAGUGGGUCAAUAGAAGUGCACUCAAAGGCCUUCCCCUUCGCUGCCUGCUUCUGUGUCCUUUCUCUAUCCAGCCAUGUGCUGCUCUCUUACUAUCAUAGUUACUCAUUUCCUGGGUCAAAGCAGAAAUGGGGAACCAGAGCCUUUCUAUUGGAAGGAACUUAAAAGCCAUCUUUUCCACUCUGUCAUUUUCUAGAUGAGGAGACUGAAGUUGAAGAAUAAUGUAGAGUUUAUUUUAGGCCAUAGCCCAGUAAUCGGGAUACUUUUCUUCCAUGGCUCAGGACACACUCCUGAGUCAGGCCAACAAGAGAACAUUCUGCUUCCCCGUGUGGACCUACACCCAAGGACCCUGACCAAAGCCACGGAUGAACAUGGCAAGUGUCCGCUGCAAGCUGGCCCGGUACCUGGAGGACCUGGAGGAUGCAGACUUUAAGAAAUUCAAGAUGCACUUAGAAGACUACCCAUCUCAGAAGGGGUUCAGCCCACUCCCUCGGAGUCAGACAGAGAAGGCAGACCACAUGGAUCUGGCUACUCUGAUGAUUGACUUCAAUGGUGAGCAGAAGGCAUGGGCCAUGGCGGUGUGGAUUUUUGCUGCAAUCAACAGGAGAGACCUUUAUGAGAAAGCUAAGAGGGAUGAGCCAGAGUGGGAUAAUGCACAUGUGGUAUACCGGGAAGAAAGCCUUGAAGAAGAGUGGAUGGGUUUAUUGGAGUACCUAUCCAGAAUCUCUAUUUGUAAAAAAAAGAAGGAUUACUGUAAAAAGUACAAAAAACACGUGAGGAGCAGAUUCCAGUGUAUCAAAGACAGGAAUGCCCGUCUGGGUGAGAGUGUGAACCUCAACAAACGCUACACCAGGCUGCGUCUUGUCAAGGAACACAAGAACCAGCAAGAGAGGGAACAUGAGCUCUUGGCCAUCGGCAGGACUUCAGCCAAGAUGCUGGACAGCCCCUUGAGUUCUCUGAAUGUGGAACUACUGUUCGAGCCUGAUGACCAACACUUGGAGCCCGUUCACACGGUGGUAUUCCAGGGAGCAGCGGGCAUUGGGAAAACAAUUCUGGCAAGGAAGAUCAUGUUGGACUGGGCAUCAGAGAAAAUUUACCAGGACAGGUUUGACUAUUUGUUCUAUAUCCACUGUCGUGAAGUGAGCCUCGGGACACGGAGGAGCCUGCGGGACUUGAUCGUCAGCUGCUGCCCAGAUCCAAACCCACCCAUAUGGAAGAUUGUGAGCAAACCUUCCCGGAUUCUCUUCCUCAUGGAUGGCUUUGAUGAACUUCAGGGCGCCUUUGAUGAGCACACAGAAGCGCUCUGUACAAACUGGCAGAAGGUAGAGCGGGGAGACAUUCUCUUGAGCAGCCUCAUCAGAAAGAAGCUGCUUCCUGAGGCAUCUUUACUUAUCACCACGAGACCUGUGGCUCUAGAGAAACUGCAGCAUUUGCUGGACCGUCCCCGUCAUGUGGAGAUCCUGGGUUUUUCAGAAGCCAAAAGAAAGGAAUAUUUUUUUAAGUAUUUCUCAGAUGAGCAGCAAGCCAGGGAGGCCUUCAGGCUGAUUCAGGAGAAUGAGAUCCUCUUCACCAUGUGCUUUAUCCCCUUGGUCUGCUGGAUUGUGUGCACUGGGUUGAAGCAGCAGAUGGACAGCGGCAAGAGUCUUGCCCAGACAUUCAAGACCACCACCGCAGUGUACACCUUCUUCCUCUCCAGUUUGUUGCAAUCCCGCGGAGGGAGCCAGAAUCACGAUGUCUCUACCAACCUCCGGGGUCUCUGUUCCUUGGCUGCAGAUGGAAUCUGGAACCAGAAAAUCCUGUUUGAAGAGUGUGACCUUAGGAAUCAUGGCCUUCAGAAGGCAGAUGUGUCUGCUUUCUUGAGGAUCAACCUAUUCCAAAAGGAAGUGGACUGUGAGAAAUUCUACAGCUUCAUACACAUGACCUUCCAGGAGUUCUUUGCUGCCAUGUACUACUUGCUGGAAGAGGAAGAACAGGGAGAGAUGAAGAGCUUGUCAUGGAGUAGUUCCAAGCUUCCCAGCCGAGAUGUGACAGUCCUUCUUGAAAACUAUGGCAAAUUUGAAAAGGGGUAUCUGAUUUUUGUUGUCCGUUUCCUCUUUGGCCUUGUAAACCAGGAGAGAGCCUCCUAUUUGGAGAAAAAACUGAGUUGCAAGAUCUCUCAGCAAAUCAGGCUGGAGCUGCUAAAAUGGAUUGAAAAGAAAGCCAAGGCCAAAAAUCUGCAGCUUCAGCCCAGCCAGCUGGAGUUGUUCUACUGUUUAUAUGAGAUGCAAGAGGAGGACUUUGUGCAAAAGGCCAUGGGCCAUUUUCCCCAAAUUGAUAUCGGUCUCUCUACCAGAAUGGACCAUGUAGUUUCUUCUUUUUGUAUUGAGAACUGUCGAGGUGUAGAAUCACUUUCCCUUAGGUUGCUUCAUAACUCUCCAAAGGAGGAGGAGGAAGAGGAAGAGGAGGCAUUGCAACACUGUGAGGUGGACCACUGUGUCCUCCUCGAUCCUCAUGCUGCCUAUACUCAUCGGUUGGUGAACUGUCAUCUCACUGUUAGCCUUUGGCAGGGUCUCUUCUCAGUCCUAAGCACUAGCUGGAACCUCACAGAACUGAACCUCAGCGACAAUGCUCUGGGGGACCCAGGGAUAGUGGUGUUAUGUCAAAUGCUCCAGCGUCCUGGCUGUAAUAUUCGGAGACUGUGGUUGGGGCGGUGUUGCCUUUCUGAUCAGUGCUGCUUCAACAUCUCCUCGGUCCUGAGCAGCAACCAGAAGCUGGUGGAGUUGGAUCUGAGCCACAACAGCCUGGGGGACUUGGGAAUCAGACUUCUUUGUGUGGGGCUGAGGCAUCUAUUCUGCAAUCUGAAGAAGCUCUGGUUGGUCAGUUGCUGUCUCACAUCAGCAUGUUGUGAGGACCUGGCAUCCGUCCUGAGCACCAGCCAGUCCCUGACCAGACUCUACUUGGGGGAAAAUGCGUUGGGAGAUUCAGGAGUUGGAAUUCUAUGUGAAAAAGCAAAGCAUCCACAAUGUAAGCUGCAGAAGCUGGGGUUGAUGAAUACUGGACUUUCGUCAGGUUGCUGUCCCGCUCUGUCCUCAGUGCUCAGCUCUAACCAGAGGCUCACACACCUUUACCUACAGGGAAAUGCUCUUGGAGACACAGGAGUGAAGCUACUCUGUGAGGGCCUCUUGCACCCCAGCUGCAAGCUUCAGAUAUUGGAAUUGGACAACUGUAGCCUCACCUCACACUGCUGCUGGGACCUUUCCACACUUCUGACCUCCAACCGGAGCCUACGGGACCUGAGCCUGGGCAACAAUGACCUGGGUGAUCUGGGGAUCAUGCUGCUGUGUGAGGUGCUGAGGCAGCAGGGCUGCCUCCUGAGACGCCUGAAGUUGUGUGGAAUGUAUUUCAAUUAUGAUACAAAAUGUGCAUUAGAAGUACUUCAAGAAGAAAAGCCUGAAUUGACCAUCGUCUUUGAGCCUUCCUGGUAGAAGUAGAAGCUUGCUAGCAGAUGCCAGCGUUCUGGCUCCCUGCCAUCCGAUGUGGACACGUGGAAGGGAGCCCUCCUCCACCCAGGGUUAAGACCAUCACUCCACGAUUCUUCUGGUCCAGAGCGGGACAGCGAAAUCUUGCUGAUUGUGCCUUUGUGUUGAGACUGUGAUCGUCGCCUGUACCCUGGCUUGAAGACACGGGACCAGGAAAUCAUCCAGACGGUGGCAUUCUCUUCGUACAAGCUUAGUUGAAGGAUAUGCUCCUCCUGCUGACUUCAUGUAACUAACUCAUUUAAGAAAACACGUUUUCUGUGUUUUGUUUUCUUUUUUUUACUUUCUCAAUCUCCUUUCCCUCAUAUCUUUUUCUCACUUCUCUUUGUUCUGUUUACUUUCACCCAUAUCAUCACACUUACAUUCUUUCCCUUAACUGAUGGUAACAAAAAGUAAACUCCAUAUUAUGUUGCAAUUUUGUGGCAGCAACUUAUUUAUUUAAAAUUUUUGUAACAGGUAUAUUUUCUAAUAAAAUAAUUCAUGUUUAUUGUA